GUCGUAUAUAAACGGAUUUCGAAGUGUUUAUGUCGGCAGUUGACAGAAGCGUAUAUGUAUAUGACCGAUCAUAAGUCACCACACCCAGUGACCGGAUUGUCGGUUUUAGUAUUUAUUGGUUUCUAGUUCGGAUGGUUGUUCACGCGCUAUCGAGUUGGAGUGGUGUGCCUCGGUUGAUAGGCCUGCCGAAAGGACAGGGCUCCCCGCGCGAGGACAGUUUGCGGCGCUCCGCCCUGAGGAAACAUGGAGUGCUGCAUGUCAGAAGAAGCCAAAGAACAGAAAAGAAUCAAUCAAGAAAUAGAGCGGCAACUCCGAAAGGACAAACGCGAUGCCAGACGAGAACUCAAAUUGCUUCUACUGGGUACGGGCGAGUCGGGCAAGUCAACGUUCAUCAAGCAGAUGAGAAUCAUUCACGGGUCGGGCUACAGCGACGAAGACAAGCGCGGCUUCAUCAAACUCGUCUAUCAGAACAUCUUCAUGGCCAUGCAGAGUAUGAUACGUGCCAUGGACCUACUCAAAAUUCAAUACGGAAAUCCGUCCAAUGCAGAAAAGGCGGAGUUGAUAUCGGCUAUCGACUUUGAAAGCGUGACAACAUUCGAGAGUCCAUACGUAGAGGCUAUCAAAGGAUUGUGGGCCGAUUCCGGCAUACAGGAAUGUUACGAUCGCAGGCGAGAGUACCAACUCACUGAUUCAGCCAAAUAUUACUUGCAGGAAAUCGAUCGCGUCGCGGCACCAAAUUACUUACCGACCGAACAAGACAUCCUCCGCGUCAGAGUGCCCACAACGGGCAUCAUUGAAUACCCGUUUGACUUGGAAGAGAUACGAUUUAGCUACUUAAGUGAUCUGGAGAGAAUCGAAAGUGCCGAUUAUCUACCAACCGAGCAAGACAUUUUGCGCGCCCGACAACCGACCACAGGCAUUCUAGAAUAUCCUUUCGAUCUAGAUGGCAUUAUAUUUAGGAUGGUGGACGUUGGGGGCCAAAGAUCUGAGAGAAGGAAGUGGAUCCAUUGUUUUGAAAAUGUCACGUCUAUCAUAUUCUUAGUAGCUCUUAGUGAAUAUGAUCAAAUUUUAUUCGAAUCUGAAAAUGAGAACCGAAUGGAAGAAUCCAAGGCGUUAUUCAAGACGAUCAUCACGUACCCGUGGUUCCAGCACUCCUCGGUAAUUUUGUUCCUCAACAAGAAGGAUUUGCUCGAAGAAAAGAUCAUGUACUCGCAUCUCGUCGACUAUUUCCCUGAAUACGAUGGUCCACAGCGCGACGCGAGCGCUGCCCGUGAAUUUAUACUACGAAUGUUCGUCGAUUUAAAUCCCGACGCGGAGAAAAUUAUUUACUCGCAUUUCACUUGUGCGACGGACACCGAAAACAUCCGUUUCGUGUUCGCCGCGGUGAAGGACACGAUCCUACAGUCUAACCUCAAGGAGUACAACCUCGUCUAAGCGACAGCCACGUGGCCCCUGACACAAAUCUGUGAUUGUGUAUAACACGUAAUGUAAACAUCAUUUCACGACAAUGUAUAAAUUCACGAACUAAGAUCGAAUAGACGAACGUAAUUCAUCUUAAACAGAUUUAUGAGAAUGUAAGGUUAGAUUGUAAGUCAUUUAACCUAAAUUAAUAGGCACCAAGUCGGACGGUGUCAUCGGACAACAUUCGUUCUCGAUCCGUACGGGUCGGUUUAGGACCUUUUUUGACAUGUUUUUUUAUAAUGAGGUAAUUCACAAUUUAUGUAUGUGUCUGUAUCGGUGAAUAUUAAAUUGUGCAUUUUUUAAUGGUCGCGGCGAGUCGUGGCCUCGUCGCGAGCUGCUUUUAGUCAUUGUUUUAGAUUUUUGUAAAGUUUGUUGCCAUAAUAUCUUUCUACAUUAGUAUACAUUUAUGUCCAGACGAAUGGAUUUGAGAAACUAGUCCAAUGGAGUCACGGCGUGUGUAUCGUGAGGCGGUCGGUGGACUGGCCUGUAUUGUACGUAUUUAUUUAAGCUGUGGAGCCGUGUCGGUAGGGUUAAGUUUGUCGCAACUUCGCAUACCACUGUACCAUUCGUUUUGUUACGUUCGUUCGCAACAUUGCAAAUUCUUUGUCAAACAAACAUCUAUCUGUGGCGUUACUUUUGUAAAUUACGUUUUGUUGGUUGACAUAAUAUGUCAUGUCUUUAUUUUUAAAACUGUUUAUAUUUAAUGAUGGUGUUUUUCUACAAGAAUUGACUUCUCACAAUUUUAUGUUAACCGUAGGCUUUAUGUACGCGAUGUUCUGGUGUUUUGAGUUUCUUCCUAACGAUGUCUGUGUAUGAGAUGAUUCCAUUCGGUGAGUGGAGUGAGCGUGCCGGCUAUGGGACGUUACUACCGUACGUUAGUUGUGUAAGGACAUUUUUAAAUGCAUUUGAUAUAAACUUUUUUUACUAGAAAUCCAAGUAAUACAUCAUGGUGAAAUGUGAAAUGUUUUAAACUGAAACUGAAGAUUUUUGCACGAAAGCUUAACACAGAAUGUAAUAUAUUGUACAUUUGGGUCUAAAUGUGCUGAGUGAAUUGAGCUGACAGUUCAAUGCCAAGUUUUGCUAUUGGCAUUUGGCACACCUUUGGCCAUCUUGCGGGAAACACAAACGUGAAAAAUAUACAUUUUAUUAUUGUUUUUCUGUCAUAUUUUUGAGAUUUUUUUUAAGUAUUACAUUAUGCUUAAUUUAGUGUGUUGCUUCGUGUUUAUGAUUAGUUAUUUUAUGUAUAGAAAGAAACAGAGUUUCUAUAUUAUGAACAUGUAACUUAUUUGUGUUAACUUAUUUGUUGUUGUGCCUAUCUCUGUAAUAUUCUUGACUCGUUUUAUUGAUUAGGGAAUAACCGAUAGCUGACACUGUCAAUAGCAAAACUGUUUGCUUCUAAGAGUACCUACAGCUGUCUUUAUGCUCAAAAAUCAUGUGAAUUUGGAACUUAGCGCACAAUAUUGGAUUCUUUCUACUCGUGUUACCCACUUAAUGCAAUCCCUGUGUUAACCCUCGACACAGUUAUACACUUUUGUUUGUGCAAUUUUAGAACAAUAUUUAUUAAUUUCGGUUCGGCGGAGGGUCGUUUCCUAUUCAAUCGCUUGCGUGCCAAUGGUUUCUUAUUGACGUAAGCAAAUGCAUGCUUAGAUAUUUUUGUUAUUAUAUUCUUUACAUAUAUUUUAUUUAGAAGUUACGCUGUAUUGAUAAUUAAUGUAAUUUUUGUGUCGCAUUUGUGUAACUUGAGUACAUAAUAUCGCUCCGGGCGUCGAUUUCACGAGACUGUACGUGUAAACCAAAGAUAUAGCGACAUUUUAUAUGAAGUUCAGUUUCGAUUGUAAAUUAACAGUCUCCAAAAUGGACGUCGGUUCCUUUAUAUCACAUUGAGAACAAUUCGGUUGGGCUUUACUUGAAAAGUGUGAAGCAUAAAUUAUACGACAGUAACGCUAGCUAUAAUGGACUGAUUAUUUAAUUAUAAACGUAUUUUUAAACUCCAACACAGAGGACCAAUACAAUAUCUUAAAAAAAAAGAAAAAAAAUAUAUCACACUCUUAUUUUGGUCGUAUAGUAUAUGUCAAGGGAUAAACAAUGCACAAAAUAUAUUUUAAGCCUCGAUUAGUUACGUUUCGCGCACAAACGACAGAUGGAUAUUUAUAUUUUUAUUUAUUUAUACAAGUUAAUUUAUGAAUGUUAUGGAUUUUGAUAUUUUACUAUAGCGGAAUGUUGGCACGCACGCGACGGCCGAGCCGAGCCGCCGAUUCCUUUCUAUCGACUGAACUUACCGGUGUGUUUCUUAUUUGCAAGUGGGCGAAGACUACACAUGUUGCUAAACUAUACUAUAGUCUAACGUUGCUUUACCUUUUGCGUGAGAUUGUAAGAAUUUUAGCUUAAGUUUCGACUGAAGAUGGAUGCCUGUAUGUAAUAUUGUAAAUUAUAAUUUCUCAUAAAAUAUAAUUUUUUUCAG